AUGAUGAUAAGGGCUAUGAUCCUGCUGGCCAUCAUUGCUGAAGUUUUUGCAGGAACAUGCACACCAAAUAAAGCAGAUGUCAUUCUGGUGUUUUGCUAUCCCAAGACGAUUAUCACCAAAAUCCCAGAAUGCCCCUACGGAUGGGAAGUACACCAGUUGGCUCUGGGAGGAGUCUGUUACAAUGGAAUCCAUGAGUCGGGUUACUACCAGUUCACAAUCCCAGAUCUGUCUCCUAAAAACAAGUCCUAUUGUGGAACUCAAUCUGAGUACAAGCCUCCCAUCUACCACUUCUACAGUUCCAUAGUCUCCAAUGACAGCACGGUGAUUGUCAAGAGCCAACCUGUCAACUAUUCUUUUUCCUGUACAUAUCAUUCCACCUACCUAGUGAACCACGCGGCAUUUGAUCAGAGAGUGGCCACUGUGCAUGUGAAAAAUGGGAGCACAGGCUCAUUUGAAAGUCAGUUAUCUCUGAACUUCUACACCAACGCCAAGUUCACCAACAAAAGAGAAGCUCCUUUCGUGGUGGAAACCUCAGAGAUUGGUACAGAUUUGUUCUCUGGAGUGGAAGCAAAAGGGCUAAGCACCAGAUUUAAAGUCGUUCUGAACAGCUGCUGGGCUACUCCGUCAGCGGACUUCAUGUACCCGAUGCAGUGGCAGCUGAUCAGUAAGGGCUGCCCAACAGAUGAGACGGUCCUCGUGCACGAGAAUGGGAAAGACCACCGGGCUACAUUCCAGUUCAAUGCUUUCCGGUUCCAGAACAUCCCCAAGUUGUCGAAGGUCUGGCUGCACUGCGAGACCUUCAUCUGUGAUAGCGAAAGAUUCUCCUGCCCUGUGACAUGUGAUAGAAGGAAACGUUUCCAUGAACAGACUGGGGGAGUGUUAGUUGUGGAAUUCUCCAUCCGCAGUAAGGGAUAUUCAAGUCACUACAGCUUCUCAGACAUUUUCUACCAUCUAAUCUUCAUGCUUGGUAUCUGUGCUAUGUUAUAGAAGCUGACAUGGCUGCAGCGGACCGUUACCCUAAGGCAUUGCUUUCUGAGUUGAUGGCAAUUCACAUUUAUUUUGCUGACAAAAACAGUG